UAUCAAUGAUAAAAUGUGGUUUAAAUGUGAAACUAUGAAUACUAAUUAGUUAUUACCUUAGUUAUUAGUAAAUAGUUAUUCUUAUUUCUUUUUACCCACGUGAUGGUUACUCAGGAAAUUUAAAUAAUGCUCAUUUCUUUGAUAUUUGAAGAGUAGUUAUUUAUACUACUUGAUGACAGUCUACGAUUAAAGAUGACCAUUUUGGGUUGACUGAUAUCUGUAUUUGUUUCAAUACAAAAAUCUUCAUAAAGACAUUCGUAUUUUAUUUUUUAAGAAAAAUUCUAUGUCAAUAUUUCCAUUUUCUGGUGCAUUUUAGAUUAACACAUUUGUAAUCAGACUUUGGUGUAAACUCAUAAUUGAUCGUGCAAAAGAAAAAAUAAUGUCAAAAGUAUCACGAAAAGUCUUAUUAGGUUUUGUGGAUGAACAUAUUGUAAAUGAAAGCUGUUCUGAUGAUGCAUAUACAAUAAAUAAAAUAGGAGGAUUGCCUGAUACCCUAAAUCAAAAUUUUUCUCCAAAAUGCCCACUAUGUAAUCGCCAGAUACCAUUACUCAUUCAAAUAUAUGCUCCUAUUAUAAAUUCUAUUUAUCAUAGAACAUUAUAUAUACAUGCAUGUGUAAGUCCAGGAUGUUGGAAUAAAUCUCAGAGUUGGAUAUGUUUGAGACGGCAGUGGAUCGCAGUAGAUCAUUAUAAGAAUAUGCAGCAGUCUACGACAUUUAUAGAAUGGUGUGAUGAUGCGGACAACUGGGGUGAAGAUCCAGUAGUUGAAGAGAAUGAUAACAUUACUGUUAAAAGCCAAGUAAUUGAAAUUUGUGCUUCUGCUAGUGCUGAGUUAGAAAAUUCUGAUGCUGAUGAUAAUGUAGUUGCUGAACCAAUUGAAAUUCCAAGUACAAAUUGUCUUCAAUUACUAGAUAAUAGAAAAGAAAUACCUUCAGAUCACUAUAAUAUGAAUAUAUAUUUCGAGCCGUAUUAUAUAUCAGUAGCUUAUGAAGAAUCAUCAGAUACAGUAAAAGAGCAUGCUAAUAACUUAUUACAAAACUAUCAAAAUAAUCAAACAAUUCUUGAAGAAAAGAAUGAAGGCUAUGAAAAAAGUUUACCAGCCCAUGGUGAUAAAUAUUUUGAAACAUUUGCAUCAAUUAUUAGAAAAAAUCCUGGUCAAAUCUUACGGUAUUGCCGUACGGAGGGUAAACCAUUAUUUUUAUAUGAAGAUAUUGAACCAAAUGAAUGUACCAACUGUCAAGGUAAAUUAUUAUUUGAGUUACAAAUUCUGCCAUCAUUAAUUACAUAUUUGAAACUAAUAUGCGGAGAGGAACAUCAUGGUAGUGGACAUUUAGAAUUCGGAACAGCUCUAAUAUACACUUGUGAAAAUAAUUGUUGGAAUGAAGGCGAUACUUAUAAGUAUGAAUGUGUUAUAGUUCAAGAAGAAAAACUAUUUUAAAUUGUUAUACUUAUUUAGUAAAAGGCUUAAAAAAUCAAUCAAA